GAUUCAGCCAACCAAUCACAGCAGCAAAUUGGUCACCACGUGGUGGGAAGACGCUCCAACAUCAAAAAUUUUGCAAGACGAAGAACUUUUUAGGAUUUAUCCACUAAACUUCCCCCAUUUUCCCUCUGACUAGAAGACUGAUUCAUGAGAAACCUCAUCAACAGAAAACAGUUGACCGAAUUGACAAGUUGGAUUCAGAUUAGCUGUUAUCUUUCUCACCCUUAAAAAAAAAAAAAAAAAACCGCGUGCGUUUCGUCAAAUCAAUAUGUUUGAUUAACUCCGCUUUGAUGACUGUAGGUGAUGGCGGCCUGUUUAACCUUUUGAAGCGGCACGCGCGGUUUUAUUUCAGACGUUACUCUCUGUCGGACUCCUGACUUCACAGCCGCUUCAACGAUGGCAGCGGAGUUUGUGUUUUAAACCGUUUGCACCGUGUAGUGGCACGUGUUCGGUCGAUACUAUCGGAGCGCGUUCACGCACACGCACGCGCCGACUGCUCUCAGGCAAGCGGACACGAGAAUCCGUGAGUGGGUAAACGGGAGGACCGGGACAGCGACGGGGCGACAUGGAGUUCGAGGAGUCCGGUAUCGGGGAGGAAUGCGGGGUUUUCGGGUGCGUGGCCGCCGGAGAGUGGCCCACACAGCUGGAGGUGGCUCAGGUCUUAACCCUGGGACUGGUGGCGUUACAGCACAGGGGACAGGAAAGUGCCGGGAUCGUUACGAGUGAUGGAGCCAGUCCACCUACAUACACAGCCCACAAGGGAAUGGGACUAGUUAGCACGGCUUUCCCGCCCGAGGCUCUUCUGAAGCUGCGCUAUGGUAACCUCGGUAUUUGUCACACACGCUACUCGACCACCGGGAUCUCGGAGCUGCAGAACUGCCAGCCCUUCGUGGUGGACACGCUGCACGGCAAGAUUGCUGUAGCUCACAAUGGAGAGCUGGUUAAUGCCCAUGCCCUGCGGAAAAAGGUGAUGCGUCAUGGUGUGGGCCUCUCCACCAGCUCAGACAGUGAGCUCAUCACCCAGCUGCUGGCGCUGACUCCCCCUAUGGAGGAGGUGGAUGCACCCGACUGGGUUGCCAGAAUUAAAAACCUCAUGACUGAGACGCCGACGUCGUACUCACUGUUGAUGAUGUUCAGAGACGUCAUCUACGCGGUGCGUGACCCCUAUGGAAAUCGACCACUCUGCAUUGGACAGCUUGUUCCCAUCUCUAAACUGCACACUCCAGGUGCUGGAGAGGAGGACACGGAGGGGUGGGUGGUGUCAUCAGAGUCCUGCAGCUUUCAGUCCAUCGGUGCCAAGUAUUACAGAGAGGUCUUACCAGGAGAGAUAGUCCAGAUAUCCAGACAUGGAGUCAAGUCUCUGAGUGUUGUGCCUCGCCCUGAGGGAGACCUCCCCGCCUUCUGCAUAUUUGAAUAUGUUUAUUUUGCCAGACCAGACUCGAUUUUCGAAGGACAGAUGGUCUAUACUGUGAGGCAGCGCUGUGGUCGGCAGUUAGCCAUCGAGGCUCCAACCGAUGCUGAUGUAGUGAGCACUGUGCCAGAGUCUGCGACGCCCGCUGCACUGGGCUACGCUCAGCAGGCUGGGCUGCCGUACAUAGAGGUUUUGUGCAAGAACCGCUACGUCGGGAGAACGUUUAUUCAACCCAACACUCGCCUGAGGCAACUCGGAGUUGCCAAGAAGUUUGGGGCUCUGACGGACAAUUUCACUGGGAAACGAGUUGUGCUCGUCGACGACUCCAUUGUCAGAGGCAACACCAUCUCCCCCAUUAUAAAACUGCUCAAGGAGGCUGGUGCAACAGAGGUCCAUAUCAGAGUGGCCUCUCCACCGAUCAGGUUCCCGUGUUACAUGGGCAUCAAUAUUCCAACCAAGGAAGAGCUCAUCGCCAACAAGCCCGAGUUUCAGGACAUCGCUGGAUACAUCGGAGCGGACAGUGUCCAGUAUCUGACCGUGGAGGGUCUGGUGUCGGCCGUCCAGGAGGGGAUCGCCUCCCUCCAGGAGAAGGACAACAUGAUCAGCACCAGUAACAAGCCCAGCAGGAGAGUGGGCCACUGCACCGCCUGCCUGACUGGGAAAUAUCCGGUGGAGCUGGAGUGGUAACCGCUGUACCAUCGCCAUGGUUACAGCGGCUCCGUGGAGUCGCUGCAGGCUCCCACAUGUUGAUGGAAUGUUUCCCAUAGACUGGAUGAGAACCUGGAAUUACACAACCACUUGCUCUGAUAACUGGAGAUGAAAUGUUGCUUUUGAUGACCUCUAGUGGUCGUAGUUUCACCUGCAGAGGUGUUUACUACAUCCUGGUGUCGCUGAUUACAGGUGCACAUCUGACCACACAACACUAAUGCUUCUUUUUUUUUUCCCCCUUUUUGAAGAUUAUCCUGUAAAUGUAUUUUCAUGAGUCUUAAAACUACUUUAGUUUUCACAUUCCAAGCCUUAACAAACAUGAGCAUUACAUAGAAUUCAUCGUGUCAGAGAAGUGCACAAGGCUAGUGACCAAAAAGUGAAAUUAUCUAUACUUUCCUAAUCUAGUUUACUUUUCUACCUUUAUCUAAAAUUCAACACUGUUUCUUUUGUUUUGGGUCUGAAUGGAAAUGUUGUUUUCUGAACUUUAUAAUGGAAAAGUUCAAUAAUAAACAGAAAAAU